GAAGAUGCUGCUGCUGGCGAUGGCGCUGGCGCUGCUGCGACAACAGUCGAGGACAGAGGCGGGCUCGGUCUCGGGGCAGAGCAGAGCAGAGCAGAGCAGGGGAGGGGAGGGCAGGGCAGGGCCCGGGCUAUGGCAGUCAGGGAGCGAGACAGCGGAACCUACAGAUGCCGUGCGGGGCGUGGAUUCGGUGCGGGCGUAGCGUAGUCCGGUUGAUGCGCUCGGCCGGGAGGCAGGGCGGGGCCGGGCGCGGCAGCGAUGCAUCCAUGCUCUCUGGGGGAUGAUAAGUGCGCUGCUGCUCUUUCGGUGAGUGGGGCUUUCUGCUUUUGGCCGUCGCGAUAAUGGACCUGCGUGCCUUGGAUUCGAGGGCGAUGAUGGUGGGGGAAUCCUGUAGCUUGCGAUCGAUCGGUCGAUCGAUCUUGACUUUGUCCUCUUGCACUCUUUCUCUCGUGCGGUGAGAAAUGCGGAGUUUUUUAAUGGUUUUUCUCUUGGCUCCGGGGCCGCUGACUUACCCCUAGUAGCAGGGCAGUCUGUGCAGUCUGUGCAGUCUUUUUUCUCGGGGCUGUGUAGCCCGUCUCGUCGGUGACGAGUACCUCAUGCGAUUGCGACUCUUGGGUCGCCACAGGCUUUACUUCGUCGUCAUCAGGUGCUUGCAAACAAUGCCAGAUUCUGGAUCGUCUGGCGAGUCGAGGUUGCUUUUUCGUUGCUUAGGGCUCUUUAUGGCCCUGCCAGUUGUAGCACUGCCAUAAGCAGAAUACCGAGCCGUGAAUGCGUAAUGUAGUCGUGUCGAACCCCUCGGUGGGUUUCGGAUGGAGAUGAGUUUGGUUCGGGAGCAGAAUUUGGGAGUUGUUCCAGCGAGGAGGCGGCGGUGUGGAGGGCAGAUCGAGGGUGCCGGUUCCGGGAGGGAGUGGUUCGCGGGCUGUGCCCUGCUGCGUCGGUUUCACACCCACUGGGUCCAUGGGAGCGAGCAUUGCGUUUUCCGAUCUGCGAAUCGGCCUUGUACAGUCCUGGCAUUUUUCAUCGAGAACGUGAUUCAUGAGUGAGCAACGAUUCGGGGAAACACAUCCCUCGUUGGGAGUUGGAAGAAUUGGGGAGGUGUUAGAACGACCUGAUCCUGCUGCAGGGGGAGCGAGAGUUGUGUCUCUAGCCAGCCGAAUCCAGGAUCAGAUCAGCUGGUAUGCUCCCCUGCGAGUUCAGUGCCAAGAAGUGUUCCGAAGGCUGACCUCUUCUUCUCCGGUUUUCAUUCGUUUAAUUGGCAGUUGGUGCACCACCUGACUCAAAAUGGCUAGUCCACUUUUCCGAAAGCUGGCGGACAGGGCACCUUACAUACUCUUGGACAGUGAUGUUCCCAGGACAGAGUUCCCUCUUGUUCCUCUACAAUCACAGGCACCGGUUGUCCUUGUCAAAAAAAAGAAACCAGGGUCUCGAAUGUGGUUGCGAUUUGAUUCAUCUGGAGUCACAGAGCUCUUGGAACUCGACAGAAAUGCUAUUAUGCAACGCGCCUCCAUACCUGCUCGAGAUUUGCGAAUUCUAGGGCCUGUAUUUUCUCAAUCUUCCCACAUUCUAGCAAGGGAAAGGGCCAUGGUCGUAAACCUCGAGUUCAUUAAGGCAAUCGUAACCGCAGAGGAGCUUUUCUUACUGGAGGCUCAUAACCCGGCUGUCCUGCCGUUCGUGGAUCAGUUGAGGGAACAUUUUCCUUUACGAACUGACCCACCACCACCAGGGGGAGAGAACCAGCUGCAAUUAUUCAAUAUAGAAAAUGGAGAUUACAGUGGAGACGGCGGGGUCAUGCAAGCUUUGUUGCCCCAUAGCCCACGUGGAAACAGGAACGAGGAAGAAAACCGGGAUCAGCUUCCAUUCGAGUUCAGAGUUCUGGAGAUAGCCCUUGAUGUAGUUUGCAAUUUCUUGGAGGGAAGGGUGACAGAGCUGGAGCUGAAGGCAUAUCCUACCUUGGAUGAAUUCACAAGAAACAUCACCUCCAGCAAUCUCGAACUCGUGCGAAAUCUCAAAAGUCACCUUACACGUCUUACGGGCCGGGUUCAAAAGGUGAGGGAUGAACUGGAGCAGCUACUGGAUGAUGAUAAGGACAUGGCUGACCUCUAUCUUACGCGAAAACUUGCACAAUGGCAGCAUAUAGAGUCACCAUCUGCAUCCUUUCGUGAAGAUGGACCAUACAACUCUUUUGAGCAUAUGAAAUCGUCACAUUACAACGGUGCCACAAGCAUGGCUGCAAGCAUAAGUUUCGAAAACGAAGACGUUGAAGAACUUGAGAUGCUUCUGGAAGCAUAUUUUAUGCAACUGGAUGGGACACUGAACAAACUAACAAUGAUUCGAGAGUACAUUGAUGACACAGAAGACUACAUCAAUAUCCAGCUUGAUCAUCAACGUAAUCAGCUCUUUCAAUUUCAAAUCACAUUGGCCACUGGAGCGUUCGCCACCGCCAUAGCUACAGCACUGUGCAGUGCUUGCAGUAUGAACAUCCAAUAUUUCUACAUCUACGAUCCUGCGAAUGACGUCUUCACACCCUUCAUCCUGUCCGCCUUGGCGAUAGCCGUGGUUGCUUUUUUCAGCGUUCUGGGGUAUGUGCACUGGACUGGAUUGUUCGAGAGGUGACGAUGCAUUUGCUCUCACACAUUGUAGUGCAGCUGUGUAGUCCAACUAUUUUACUUGUUGGAGGCCGAUGACUCCUGCAAAUGACCGGGAUAUCCAAGGAUUGGACGGCAGUCACGAUGUACAAGCCCACGUCAAGGUGUCGUAUUCAUUGAGCAUCAUUCAACACUGAUCAAAAGCAGCGUCAUGGCUUAUUCGGCCGUUUGGCAUCCGGCAGGUUCAUGAUCAUUCAGGCAUUGUUCAGAUGUAGAGCUCAGACAGGAGCUCACUGGAGAUGGAUUGUGUAGCCAUGGAAUAUUUGUUUUCAAGUUUUUUAAUAUCUGGAAUCUGGAUAUGAACAAAAAUUCCAAGCCUAUGCUAUUAUUUUCUUCUAGAUCUGGAAUGAUCGAAAUGUCCAAUUACUUGCCUGACGAGCAAGAUGGGAUGAGGCUUAAUGGUGGAUUGUAUCAUACAUUGGUGACCUCGUUGAAGUCCUCAACGAGGACAAAUUUCUUGCUUCUUUGAGGGAACCUGAUCACACGUGUGGGCAGGGUAUCUCUCCGAGAGGCGCAUAUAGAAAGUACUAUGACGGCAGAGCAACUUCCUGUUGUGAGGAGAGUGGGCUUAGAAUUUGGCAUGUAGAGAGUGGUGGGAUGAUAUUUUAGCCAAACAGUUUUCGACGCUGCGAGGAAACCCGACACAGCAUCGCAUUCUACCGAAAAUAAGGUUUGGAGAACCAGCGAGUGAAACGAAAUCUCUGGUAGAACUUCAUCGACCUACUACAUGGUCACUGGUACGUCCCUGGAAUUACUCAAGUGGGUGCAAAUUGAGUUAUCUUAGUCGUGAUACAAUCCCAAUAUCGCAUAUUGUAGGUGAGCUCGUCCUUGUGUCCACACACUUUCCAGUUCUACUCGUCAUGUAGUUGAAAGCAGCUGUAUGCUUAUCCGUGUAACAGCUUGCAAUAAAGGUUUUUACAGAGACAUAUUCUUGAGAGAAAUAAAACAGUUGUUUACCGUC